AGCGGGCACGCUCAGUAAGAAGUACGAAGGAUUCUUCAUGAUCCUGUGGCUCCUGGAACACUGUCUCAUCACGCAGCUGCACACGUACGUCUUCCUGUCCGUGCCUGCACGUGGCGUCUGCGCCCCACGUGCUGCACGCGCCUUCUCUGGUGACGGUUCUUUUAUCGGCGAUGAAUUCUCCACCUGCAGCACGAAUGGUCAGCAAGAAAACCACGAACGUUUCCGUGAGUUAGGAAACGGACGGACGACCAACUUAUCUUCCGCUGGUGUAGUUAGCAGUGAACAUACGGCGGAUAGUAACGCCCAUAUAGAUCAAACUAAUCAUGAUGCUUUGAACAGUGACAUAACAAUGGGUAACAGUGAUAUAACAGUGGGUAACGGUGAUCAAACAGUUGCCAGCAAUAACUCUACGUCUGCCAGCAGUAACCCUACGUCUGCCAGCAGUAACCCUACGUCUGCCAGCAGUAACCCUACGUCUGCCAGCAGUAACCCUACGUCUGCCAGCAGUAACCCUACGUCUGCCAGCAGUAACCCUACGUCUGCCAGCAGUAACCCUACGUCUGCCAGCAGUAACCCUACGUCUGCCAGCAGUAACCCUACGUCUGCCAGCAGUAACCCUACGUCUGCCAGCAGUAACCCUACGUCUGCCAGCAGUAACCCUACGUCUGCCAGCAGUAACCCUACGUCUGCCAGCAGUAACCCUACGUCUGCCAGCAGUAACCCUACGUCUGCCAGCAGUAACCCUACGUCUGCCAGCAGUAACCCUACGUCUGCCAGCAGUAACCCUACGUCUGCCAGCAGUAACCCUACGUCUGCCAGCAGUAACCCUACGUCUGCCAGCAGUAACCCUACGUCUGCCAGCAGUAACCCUACGUCUGCCAGCAGUAACCCUACGUCUGCCAGCAGUAACCCUACGUCUGCCAGCAGUAACCCUACGUCUGCCAGCAGUAACCCUACGUCUGCCAGCAGUAACCCUACGUCUGCCAGCAGUAACCCUACGUCUGCCAGCAGUAACCCUACGUCUGCCAGCAGUAACCCUACGUCUGCCAGCAGUAACCCUACGUCUGCCAGCAGUAACCCUACGUCUGCCAGCAGUAACCCUACGUCUGCCAGCAGUAACCCUACGUCUGCCAGCAGUAACCCUACGUCUGCCAGCAGUAACCCUACGUCUGCCAGCAGUAACCCUACGUCUGCCAGCAGUAACCCUACGUCUGACGAGGAGGUCGAAAUUUUUUCCCUGCUGGCGAAGUCGUCGCUGACGCCCCUGGAGCGCUCGGCCGUCCUGACGCUCUACGCCACGCACGUGUCAGUCAUAUCGCUGGACGACCUGCGUACCUUCGUCAGGUUAGUGCGUACCUUCGUCAGGUUAGUGCGUACCUUCGUCAGGUUAGUGCGUACCUUCGUCAGGUUAGUGCGUACCUUCGUCAGGUUAGUGCGUACCUUCGUCAGGUUAGUGCGUACCUUCGUCAGGUUAGUGCGUACCUUCGUCAGGUUAGUGCGUACCUUCGUCAGGUUAGUGCGUACCUUCGUCAGGUUAGUGCGUACCUUCGUCAGGUUAGUGCGUACCUUCGUCAGGUUAGUGCGUACCUUCGUCAGGUUAGUGCGUACCUUCGUCAGGUUAGUGCGUACCUUCGUCAGGUUAGUGCGUACCUUCGUCAGGUUAGUGCGUACCUUCGUCAGGUUAGUGCGUACCUUCGUCAGGUUAGUGCGUACCUUCGUCAGGUUAGUGCGUACCUUCGUCAGGUUAGUGCGUACCUUCGUCAGGUUAGUGCGUACCUUCGUCAGGUUAGUGCGUACCUUCGUCAGGUUAGUGCGUACCUUCGUCAGGUUAGUGCGUACCUUCGUCAGGUUAGUGCGUACCUUCGUCAGGUUAGUGCGUACCUUCGUCAGGUUAGUGCGUACCUUCGUCAGGUUAGUGCGUACCUUCGUCAGGUUAGUGCGUACCUUCGUCAGGUUAGUGCGUACCUUCGUCAGGCUAGUUUAUCACUCCAUAUUGACACCACCACCUUCACCACCACAUGUUUAUGCCACCACCUUCAUCACCUUAUGCUGACGUCACCACCUUC